AUGUUGAAGCCUGCGGUUAUUGUCGUCGUAGGAGGGUUCCAUAAGCCUGAUCAUUAUCACUCACUGAAGGUAAAGCUGGAAGCACAGGGAUACGAGGUCUUCAUUCCACCUCUGCCAAGCUGUAGUUCCCAGGUUGGAAUAACGUGGAAGGAUGAUGUUGCAGUGAUACACAAGACAGUAGAACCGCACAUGGACAAUGGUAAGGAAUUCAUCGUUGUAUGUCACUCCUACGGAGGUGUUCCUGGUUGUGCUGCUACAAGCGGAUUUACCGUCGAGGAACGGAAAAAUGGUGGUAAGAAAGGAGGCUUUCGGGCAAUCCUUUUCAUGGCCGCUUUUGCUGUAUCACAAGCUGGCAUGGAUAUCCUACAAUGCUUAGGGGGGAAAUAUCCAUCUUGGAUGACACAUCAACCUUCAUAUCAGAGGAAUAAAACAUGCUUCGCCAGUGAUGAAGCGAAGCAAGACUUUUACAAUGAUCUCCCGGAUGAUGUAGCCGAAAAAUGCUUCGAUGCCUUGCUACCGUUUUCGCAAGACGCCCUCGAAACGCCAGUCGAGUUCGUUGCUUCCGACCUUAUCAUCCCAAGAACGUUCCUAAUAUGCGAGAAUGACAUGGCAAUGCUUCCGCACAUACAAGAGAAUCUAGCGGCCGGAAUAUCAGGCAUGAAGGUUGAGAGGUGCUCAGCUGGACAUAGCCCAUUCAUUAACCAACCAGAUCGAGUCGUAGAGGUGAUAGAGGGACUUGUAUAA